CCGGACCGAUACAAAAACGAAGAAAUUGAAAAUAAUCGUGAGAAAGCUCGCUCAUUGGAAACAGACGACUGCCAUCUUUCUGCCAUUUCCAGAUCUUCUUCCUCUAUUUUCUCUCUCCUCUCCUCUCCUCUCCUCUUUCACCUGUACAAAAAUUAAGGUUUAAUUUAGGGUUUGCCCCCAAAUCAAUUUCAAUUUACGAUGCCUCAGUCUGGAAAAUUGAUGCCAAAUUUAGAUCAACAAAGCACUAAACUCCUCAAUCUCACUGUUCUUCAGCGAUUCGAUCCUUGUAUUCAAGAUAUUCUCUUCACUGCUGCUCAUGUCGCUUUGUACGAAUUCAGCAUGGGUUCUAAUCAAUGGAGUCGCAAGGAUGUUCAAGGCUCCCUUUUUGUUGUUAAAAGGAGUAAGGAUCCUUGGCAUCAGUUUAUUGUUAUGAAUCAAAGAAAUACAGAAAAUCUUGUGGAGAAUCUCUCAGGCAGUUUCGAAUUUGAUGUUCAAGUUCCUUAUCUUCUAUACAAAAAUGUUGUCCAAGAAGUUAAUGGCAUAUGGUUUUAUAAUACUCCUGAAUGCGAGGAGGUUGCUGAUCUCUUUAACAGGAUCAUUGACUCAUAUGGAAGGAGUGCUCCGGAGCCAUCAGAAUUUAACCAAAGCGAGUUCAAGGAGCUUGAACCUGUCCCAUCCACGGCAAUAAUUGAAAGCCCAUUGGAGCCAUCACCUGGGAUAUCAUCAGCUUCCAUUCAUGCCUCUGGUGUUACUGAGAUUAAUUCUAUCUCAAAUUUGUUCAAUGCGGCAACUAAUAUUUCUAAUUCAGGGAAGCCAGUGCAAACUUAUCAUCCUUCCAGUGAACAUUUGACAUCGAUAGGCAGUUCUGGUCUGAUACCUGCACCUACUGGACUUCUUCAAGUACCUGCUGUGGCAACAUCAGCUCAAACCUUUCAUCUAAUUCACCACCAUGAAGGUUCUGAUUCAACUUACAGAGGCAAUCAGAUAGCAAAUCUUGUCACACCUGCUAUCUUUCACAACCCCCAUUCUUCAUCUGCCAUGUCACAGCCACCCGUUCCAUCAUCCUUGCCACACACUGCUCUGCAGCGCCCAUAUGGAGCCCCAUUUCUCCAACCUUACCCUCCACCAGCACCAUCUCCAUUUCUUACACCGCAAAAUAUUGCUGCACCAACCCACGGACCUGUUAUUGACCGAGGCAAAGUUCGUGAAGCUCUUAUGACGCUUGUCCAGGACAAUCAAUUCAUCGAUAUGUUCUGCAAAGCUUUACAGCAGGUGCACCAAGUGUAAACAUAAUGUAGAAGUGACCAAGUGUUCUAAGGACUAAGGAUGCAUGUACAGGACGUGUAUUUUCCAUUCACAUUUUGGGUGCAAAAUACUAAAACAGGAAACUAAUCCUACAAGGGAUUCCAGCAUCUCGUUGCAUGUUAGGGGCUGAAAUUCGCCAUCCGAUCUUCUGUGGGAGUUUGUUUCCGGCUUGAAUUGCCACCUUUGGAAAAAGCAGUGCAUAAUCUUGUCAGUAUGGUAACAGUUUGUGGCUGUUGAAGAGAUUGUCAAUAACCUAGUUCGGUCCAUCUUAGCAUUGUUAUGGGAUUAGUGUUAUCAUAUGGGUUUGUGGUCUAUGUAAUCGAUUUUACUUCUGAACUCCUUAGGUAUACGGAUAGCCGAAGCUAGCUCAAAGAAGAAUACAGGACAAUGGACUAGUCCUUGUAGACAGUUAACUUUCUCUUAUUAUAUGUGCACAAAAAGAGAAAAAAAAAAAAAAAACAUUUGCAGCAAUUUUUGCAAAGCUAUAAAAUUGCUCUAAUUUUAUUGUUGAUACUUGAUAAGAGAAAUGGGAAAUUUGACUAUACUUGUAAUGCAUUUAUGUGUCAUAAAUUGAUGUUUGGAAAAUUGUUAGUCAAGAAAAUUGCCAUGUUUUUAACAUCAAACUUUGAUAUUGGAAUUCCAAUAAUUCUAAGGCUGUGUUUUUUCCGAUUGACAUAA